AUGCCACUGCCGAAUAAAGAUGAUGUCUCUGAACAAGUGUGCACCGCGAUCAAAAAGGAGGGCAAAUUCGACGAGAUCAGACGAGAAGUGGUCGAGAAAAUAAAAGAACGCGGCCAGCUGAAUCAAUUGAUGGAUCAAGCGAGGAAAGAUGCCGAAGCAUAUCUAGAAACAAUUCCGGACAAUAUGAGCAAGGAAGAGAUACGAGCAAAGCUUCGCGAAGUUAUUGGAAGAUUUGAGCCACAAUUAAACCGCAUUGUGCAAAGCAGUGUCCGAGAACCAUGGGUUGAAGGCUGGUUAAGCAAAGAAGUACAAAGAAAAGUUCGAUUGGCGUACGGGUUGCCUACUGAUGAACAUCUC